GUCGUCUGCCUUCUGUCCGCAGCAACUCCGUGCUAAACUAUUGUCAGUAUAAAUAGAGUGCUGCAAUCUAAUCAACAAUUGCUCCGGGAUCGAGUAGAUUACUAUAGGGGAGGGUAGGAAUAUCGUGAUCCAUGUCGAUCGGGUGAAUCUUUCGCAAUCUUCCGCAUAAACGUGCUGCUGCUGUGGCUGGCGUCUGCUGUUGCUGUCUCUCAGCGAGACUAACAAUAUGUGCCGAGCGUUCGUUUAUUAAUAGAACCCCCGCCUUAGCAUUAGACGGGCUUGCACUGUGCUCUCUGCCUGCCUUGGCCAGUAGUCUGUGCUCGGCAUUCUAGCCGCUGGGAACCGCAACAAAUUUUCGGGUGCUGGCAAUGCAUCGCCAUCGCCAUGAGCCGGCCAUUCUAUCAGCAGGAGCCGGCCAGUUAAUAUUAAACGCCUGCGUCACCCGGCAGGAAGCGUCUAUGGGCGCAGCUACUCGCUGGAGGAAGAGCACCAGCAUCAGCAGGAGAAUAUUGUUCUUCGGCACCCUAUAUCCGGCCUAUGCGUCGUACAAGGCGGUGCGCACCAAGAACGUUAAGGAAUACGUAAAAUGGAUGAUGUACUGGAUUGUCUUUGCAUUUUUCACCUGCAUUGAAACAUUCACAGACAUCUUUAUAUCCUGGUUUCCAUUCUACUAUGAGGUCAAGGUGGUUCUGGUAUUCUGGCUGCUAUCGCCAGCCACAAAGGGCAGCUCCACAUUGUAUCGCAAGUUUGUGCAUCCCAUGUUGACGCGCCACGAACAGGAAAUAGACGAAUAUUUGACUCAGGCCACAGAGCAGGGAUAUUCGGUGGUGCUACAACUGGGCUCCAAGGGAGUCAACUAUGCCACCAAUGUCAUAAUGCAGACAGCCAUAAAGGGCGGCGGCAAUCUGGUUCAGACGAUCAAGAGGAGCUACAGCCUCAGUGAUCUGAGCGAGCCAGAUAUGCAUCGCACCCAGGAUGAGCUGGACGUGGUGAUGAGGUCGCCCAUGUCCUCGUCGGUGGUGAUGCGCACACAGCCAACUGCAACGCGACUCCUACGGCCACGCAACCAGACGCCCGUGGGCAGAUCUGCCAGCGGCACCGCCAAGAAUGCGGGUGACUUCAACUACAACAUACGCAGCCAGGAUGACAUCAGCUCUGGCUACUCCAGUGCCGAACCGAUUAGUGGACUCAGUCGCACUUCCUCCAUGACAAAUGCUUCCAAGGGCCGUGUCAAGUCCAAGCGCAGUGAGUUGCUGGAGGAGAUGAGAGACGAGGUAUAUUUGGAGAAUCAGCUAUACUUUCAAGGUGUUCGCCAGGAAAGGGCAGAAGAAUUAAAGGGUUUUCACAAUGUCGAGAGGAUCACACAUCAUGAAGUUGAUGAAGAGGAUGCAGAAGAGGAUGACUUCUAUGAAGCCAUGCCGUUGAUAGAAACAGAUGAAGAAGAGAGAGCCGCAGAGCUCGAAGUUCUGUCAUGUGGAGAACCAAAGAAAGAAGAUCCAUUUGAAGCGGAAAAUAUGAAAACCAAAGACGAGGCAGUGGAGCAUUUGAUUCCAACUGAAACCAAGACAAAAACUUUUCAAACAGAUGAACCUAUUCGGUCGGAUGAAGCCACUCCAACCACCGAGAGCAAACUAACUGAUUUAGUAGCACCCGUCAUAGAUCCUUUUGUGCUGGUAGUGCGCUCUUUGGCCACAGAUACAGAUCCGGAACCGUCCGAACUAUCGAGGCCAGUGUCGCCACGGGAACUGCGCGACACCUUGGAGGAGAUCAAGCACAGCUUUCGGGCCCAACUAGAGCCAGAGGUACAGAUGUCACCUUCUCCCUCCCCUUCGCUGCGUCCCAGGGCCGUGCAUGGUAAGGGACGAGCACCACCGCCUCCGCCUCCGCGGCCACCAAAGCGACACUCGCUGAGUGCCCAACCAGAUGCCAUUAGCCAGACGUCGACUGGCAGUGUAGAACGCAAGUCAGGUAUCGGCCAACUGUUCCAGAAUAUCAAAGCUAACGUAACAAAGCUAAUCCCAGCCAGCUGGCAGCCCCCAUGCCGGACGAGCCAGUGCCGGUUAGGGAGACGGAGAUCUAAAGACAAAUCCAUGUCUACUAGCUGCACCACCUUUCCCAGGACCAGCAGCCGCAGGACUGAAAAAUCGCAGAUAGGAAUGGCAACAUCAUCUUCUAGCCAGGCCAAGACGCGAAACAAGUCGGAAAAGUAGAUGGACAGACGGAGGAUCUAUUCUGUGUAUUCGUCUGCUGCUCAAUACGGGUUUUAAAUGGUGUCCAAGCGUACAGAACCUCAAGUUUUAGUUUAAAUUGUAACUUAAUACUGAUAUUGAUACUGAUUACGAUGAUGUGAUGCAUUGUGUACUUUGUUUGUGAUUCUAUUCGAGUUUUAGGUGAGCUGUAGUUGAUAUUUGAUGUUCAUUUCACGAUUCGUUUGCCGUUAAGUGUGUGUCCCAGCAGCCCCCUAUCCAACAAAUGUUCUAACCAAAAUAAACCGAAACCAGAAUCGGAAACCUAUCAAUUUGGAGCAUAAAUUCCUAAUAAUGUAAUUGAGCAUUCAAUAAAAAAAACCUACCAAACAAA